AUGCCGUUGGACAACGACGUGGAUGAAUUCUUUGCAGAGCAAGAAAAGUGUAUGAAUCUACCAGACGAAGACAUGGACGCCUACAUCCGCAUGCGUCUUCAAGGGUGCCACUCAGAACGGUUGAAACGAAAAGGGGUUGAGGGUCAUCAAGAUCCUCCGGAUGAUAAGCGAAUGAGAACAGAAGGAAUGCCCGAUAUAGUUCCUAUUACUUUCACCUGUGUUACUCGGGACCACGACAUUCCGCUACACACGAGCACCCCAGCUUCGACAAUGGCCGAGAAUGUCGCUGGCCAUUUAUCGAACGAUCUUUCACAUGAGGGCGCAAUGUUGCGCAACGCCGUUCUCGAAGUAUCCAAGCCACUGAAUACCAGUGACCUCGGCACGGCUCUCGGUGACAGGACGACCAUGAGGAUGCAACGACAAUCCCAACCGUGUGUACAAGGCCUAGCUAACGCCUCUGCUGUUCUGGACUUCAAGUGCGGGAGCGAAAUGGCAUUUAAUACAUCGCUUUCGCCCAAGGACUCUGCGACAAAACCAAUUCCAGAGGCUACAUCAUCGCAGGAGCAAGAAUUUGAUCUCUCACAUUCUCGUUCACGUUUUAGGGUAGAAAUUCCACAGAUCGUAGAGCUGCCCCACAGCCCAGUCAAUAUUUCCGAAGUCAUUGUACUCAACGUCAUAGAGUCGCCUUCCACUGGGUCGAAGACCUACGUCAUUCCUACAGAAAAGUUGCCCCAUAGGACCCGUGGGAAACGGCCCAGGACCAAUGAAAGCUCAGAUCGAUCACUAAAUAUACCACCACAUCAGUCGAGGGACAGUGACAUUUCACAGAUUGCAUUGCCCUCCCCAGCUACUCUGCCAUCUCCGUCUGAUGUAAGGUUGGUCGCUCGGCCACCAAGUGUCACCGAGAAACGGGAAGUGCAACGAUUAUCGACGCCUUCACCGGGAAUUAAGCCUCCACAAUUGGACACAGACUUGAGCAACAUUACGAGUCCUGGACUCUCCCCUGCUCACGAGAGGUUCCUAAAGAAGGCAGGAUCUGACGUGCCCGAUGCCGAAAAACCGUCAUCUUCUAGAUCGACCUGCACAGCUGCCAAGGUUCGUAGGACCGUGAACAGCAGGCAGAAGGUUGGUUCCACUUCGAAAGGUAGCAAGAAAGGAAAGGAGAAACCUGCACUCGUUACGCCCCUCGAGUACGCUCUGAAGCUGCAGUCCAAUAUGCUUCCUGUCACCCCCAAGACGAGUUAUCUGAUGGGCAAAUGCAUAUUUUAUGUUGGUGGAGAUAUGCAGUACGCUAGUACCAGAACGAGGGGUCGGAUGGAAUAUAUCAUAAAGCAUGGCGGUACUCUAGCUCCUAAGUACGACCAAGCUGUUGUCACCCACAUCGUGACGGAUACGGGCCCUCACAUUACCCUGCGAGCCUUGUCGUUGAAGUCGUUGUCGGAAAUACCUGAUCAUAUCCCUACCGUCACUUGGUCCUGGGUCUUAUCAGGUUAUGGACGCGCAACCAACGGAAACGGGAAGCUAAUUACGGAUAAGAAGGGGAACGGAAAGGCACGGGAUGUGGACGACCGCGAUGAAGAAGAGCAACUCCUCGACUUCGAGUUCAUGCAUGCGGCAUUCCCGCAGCGUAUUGAUGCCGGAAGACAGUGGAAUAAGCAUGCCGGCCGGAAGGCUAAGCAGGGACAACAACCAGGAUCACGCAUUCCGAAUGCCAGUCCGUCAAUUGACGUCAACGAUGACGUCAGCCGUAUCUCCGACUUUUCCCAGGAGAGGCGCAAAGAAGUUGUGGUUGGGUGCUCUGACGUGGCCAAGGUCCUUCCGCCUCCGCCUCUCAAUCUUCAACCCAACGAAAGGCCGUCCCGUAUCAAGAGUGGUCCGCCAGCUAUAUUAUCCACACGGAAAGCUGCGUCUGGUGCACCCGAGGGUGCCGACGACCCUUUGGCAGAAUAUUACGCUCAAGCGAAGGCGCAGCGCGAGGCAGAGUGGACGAUGGAUGAGUCCGAAUCGGACGACGGGGACGAAGGAUUCGAAUUCCGCAAAGAAAAUGUUCAAAGACAGGGUUUUACUUGCGACCAGAAGGAGCCCCAACGAACGACCUGUGCCAACCAAGAUAUUAUCGAAAAGUUAUGGAAAAUGUCGCAUGAGAACUUUGCAUGUAUUCGAGCGCUACGAAAUUAUCCGAAGCAGAUCACCUCUUUCAAUGAAGCUCGUUCUAUUCGUGGUGUGGGUGAGAAGACGGCUCUCAAGAUCAUGGAAAUAAUCAACACCGGUGACUUGAGACGAAUAGAACAUGAGCGGACGGAUGGUGUAGAAGUUACCAGACUUUUUCAGGGUAUUUAUGGUGUCGGUCGCAGCACGGCAUUUGCAUGGUAUGCUAGCGGGCACAGGACGCUUGACGAUAUCAAAGCAAACAGCAAGAGUUUGCGGCUAUCACCGGCGCAAGAGAUUGGCCUGAAGUUCUAUGAUGCACUGGAGAUCGAUAAGAAUUUAUUCAUUGGGAUAAUGGGGAGUUAUCGAAGAGGCAAGGCCGACUGUGGGGAUAUCGAUAUCCUCGCACGUCGAUUCGCCCCCCCUCAAAUCAUUACGACUCACGACAAUACCCUAGGCGUGCUCUCGCGAUUGUUGGACCGCCUCCAGGCGGCCAAGAUCUUGACUGAGGACUUGGCUUUACCGGCCAAUCCGGCGGAACUGGAGCUAACCUACCGGGGCUUGUGCAAACUUCCUGAUCCUGGCGCGAAACGCAGACGAAUUGACAUCUUAUGUGUUCCUUGGAAAAGUAGAGGAGCGGCUCUGCUUUAUUACACGGGCGACGACAUCUUUAACCGCGCGAUGAGGUUAAAGGCCAAUGUGAUGGGCUAUUCACUGAACCAACGUGGGCUCUAUGGUGGGGUCGUACGGGAUCCACAGAACCGACGGGUAAAGCUUUCCGACGCUUACUAUACAGGAAGUAUUAUAGCAUCAGAAACAGAAGAGGAGAUAUUUCAGAUACUUGGCAAGUGA